AUGGUGGAUUGGAGUGAUUUUUAUGACGACUAUGAUGAGAAUUGGGAUGUUGAUUACUUCAGUGAUGGCUACCCAUACAAAUGGGACUUUGAUAAUGAUGAUACUUAUGGAGAGGAGACAAGUGACUUCUAUGGAUAUGAAAUGCAUAGGGAUCAUAGUUGUUCUUUUGCACAGAACUCGAGUGAUUGCUAUGGAUAUGAAGUGUAUUCAGAUCAUAAUGAUACUCCUGAUGAUGACACAAGUGAAAGCUAUGAAUCAGAUGAGGAUUCUGAUGAUGAGGAUGAUGACACAAGUGAAAGCUAUGAAUCGGAAGAGGAUUCUGAUGAUGACGACGAUGAUUCAGACGAAGAGUGGAAUCAUCAUGAUGAUAAUUGUUCCGAGGCCCAUAGUGAUUUCUCGGCAUAUGAAGAUAAUUGGGAUUAUGAUGAUACUUAUUAUUCAGAUGAAGACUUUGGAGAUUUCUGUGACUAUGACUAG